AUGGCGGACAAUGGAGAGGGCUCGUCUCUAAAUCCCACCCGGUCUAUGCCCAUAUCCUCGUCCUCGGUGCGCUCAAGGUCCCCCGCACCUGAAUUUGGUAACAGGCAAGCUUCUAUAGCAAGACUGGCAUCACCUGUGCCCUCCCCUUCCUUGGGCACCUCUUUGUCGUCUCGACAGGGUAUUCCAUCCAUCAGACCUAUCACAACAACAGCCGCCGGCGAACAAGAGUUUUCCAAAUCCUUCGCCAACCCUUCUUCACUUCCUGGUCCUGGUCAUUCGAUCAUCGCCUCCCAACUCCAAGAAAGUCUCGGUCGUUCGCCGCCACGAUUUGGAACUCCCCCACGACACAACGGGUCUCCUGCGCUGCAGGCAGCUCUGGAUAAUAGACCGUUAGCCUCUCAAUAUGGCUCUUUCGACACCAAGAAUGGACUCGAUUCUCCGGGAAUGGCUCCGGUUGAGGACCCGGAGGUUGUCAAGCGGCAUCUCGUCACGGAACACACAGACAAUCAGUCGGAAAUUGCGACCAGCUUUGGUGGCGAGGAUAAUUUCUCGAGUCUACAGCUUCAGGGCGGUGAUAUCACACGGCAAGUCUACCGUUGGGCGGAGGAUGCCGAGGCCGAAGCUGCAGGGCGGUUCUUGCGCAGUAAGAGUUUCAGUGUGAGCAGACCAAGGCCAGAGGCUGAGACGGAAGACAUCGACACAAUCAGGGUCCCAGGAGGGUUCCGUAGAGACUAUCUACGGAGAGCAGCUGGAAGUCCCCACCGUGGAAGCGUCCGGGGAUCCACUUCAGGAGCGCCCCAUGGAAAUGGCGCGCCUCAACUACCAACUACUAGCUUUUUGGAAUUCUUGACUCUCUAUGGUCAUUUCGCAGGAGAAGAACUGGAGGAGGAUGAUGAAGUUCUAGGACCGGAUGAGUACUUCUCAUCCGACACUUGGGAUGAGCCAGAAGAGGGCAGAGAGUCUGGGGAAGACGCGGCGUUAUUGCAGGGUGAUACACCAGGUCGGAAGAAGAGAAAGCACAAGCAGCGCUCACCGGCAGGCACAACCACUACAACGGGUGCAGUACUUUUGCUGCUCAAGUCCUUCGUUGGUACUGGUAUUUUGUUCUUGCCCCGGGCUUUUUUCAAUGGUGGGAUGCUCUUCAGUAGCUUGGUGCUACUGGGAGUCUCGAUUCUGAGCUACUAUGCCUUCAUCCUUUUGGUGAAUACACGCAUGAAAAUCGAAGGCUCUUUCGGUGACAUCGGUGGGAUUCUAUACGGCAAGCACAUGCGACGCAUCAUUCUCGGUUCAAUUGUCCUGAGUCAAUUAGGCUUUGUUUCAGCGUAUAUUGUCUUCGUUUCGCAAAAUCUGCAGGCGUUUGUGCUGGCCGUGAGCAAGUGUGUGACACUUAUCGACAUCAAGUACUUGGUUUUGUUGCAGCUGAUCAUCUUCCUGCCUCUAUCUUUGAUUCGGGAUAUCAGCAAACUUGGAUUCACAGCGCUGAUUGCCGAUGUCUUCAUUCUCCUGGGUCUGCUAUACAUAUAUUACUACGACGUCAGCACUCUGGUUGACCAGGGCGGCAUUUCCGACGUCAUUUCCUUCAACCCAGCAACUUGGUCCAUGUUCAUUGGUACCGCCAUCUUCACUUACGAAGGUAUCGGUUUGAUUAUCCCGAUUCAAGAAUCAAUGCAAAAGCCAAGCAGAUUCCCUGGUGUUCUGGCUGGUGUCAUGGUUGUGAUCACCUUCAUCUUCCUAUCUGCCGGUGCCUUGAGUUACGCGGCUUACGGCUCGGCAACAAAGACGGUCAUUCUUCUGAACCUGCCCCAGGAUGAUAAAUUCGUCAAUGUGGUCCAGUUCCUCUACUCGCUUGCCAUUCUGCUGAGUACUCCGUUACAGCUCUUCCCCGCCAUCCGCAUCAUGGAAAACGAGCUAUUCACUCGCAGUGGCAAGUACAACCCAUAUAUCAAAUGGAAGAAGAAUGGAUUCCGCUUCUUCUUGGUCAUGGUCUGCGCUGUUAUCGCCUGGUAUGGUGCGGCUGAUCUAGACAAGUUUGUUUCGCUUGUCGGAAGCUUUGCUUGUGUUCCACUGAUCUAUGUAUACCCGCCACUCUUGCACCUGCGCGCUUGUGCUCGGUCCAAACGCCAGGCGAUUGCCGAUGUAACGCUUGCUGUCUUUGGCGCUGUCUGUUGCGUCUACACGACAUAUUUAACUCUUGUGAGCUGGAUGGGCCCCGAGGUUCCUCAAAGCCCAGGAUACUGUGACUCUCAUUGA